AGUUCGCUUAUCCCGUUCCUUCCCGUUGCCUUUUUACGCGCACGACGUCUGCAGUACACAGUGAUUCAGUGAGCCAGUCUUCACUGCACUGUGUGCGCAAGCUUUUGGUUGAAGGCAGGACUCUCUUCCCACAGUGUUCUGAUGGCGAAACAGCGCUGGUUCUGUUCGGGUGAUCAUUUCUAGAGGAAGACAGUCACGCUUUUCCCCCUCUCUUCUCGACUCAUUUUAAACAAAAUGUGGGACGCGCGUUCUCCGCGCGGCGUCCGCGGAGUGCUCUCUUCAGUCGUUGCCGCUUGACUAAAGGGGGAUCCCGGCACCCUUUCCAUCCUCUACUCCCACAAGAGGAGUUUGCAUGCAAAAGGUGGUUUAUCUCGGCAAGCCAUGGAGGGACUUGCCUAAAGAGGAUCCAACAUAGUUCAACAUUUGUCAACCUUUUUUUAUAUUUUCCUUUUUGUGUGUCAUCGUAACAUCUUCCCCAAGACGUCUCCUUUUCCAUCACCAUGGCUGAGAAGCUUGGACCAGCAGGGCUCAAGCCCACCAACAUCCGAACCGCUCCCUCCCUGCCCCCCGAGCCCAUCGACAUCAUCCGCACCAAAGCCCGCUCCCGUAGAGUCCGCCUUAACGUCGGGGGUCUGAACCACGAGGUCCUGUGGCGGACCCUGGACAGGCUACCUAGGACCCGGCUCGGCAAGCUUCGAGACUACAACACCCAUGAGUCCCUGAUGGAAGUCUGCGACGAUUACAGCCUGAACGAAAACGAAUACUUCUUUGACCGGCACCCGGGGGCUUUCACCUCCAUUCUGAACUUUUACCGCACAGGCAAAUUACACAUGAUGGAGGAGAUGUGUGCCCUUUCGUUUGGCCAGGAGUUAGACUACUGGGGGAUUGACGAGAUCUACCUGGAGUCCUGCUGCCAGGCCCGUUACCACCAGAAAAAAGAGCAGAUGAAUGAGGAGCUGCGGCGGGAGGCAGAGACAAUGAGGGAUAGGGAGGGAGAGGGAGAGUUUGAUAACACCUGCUGCUCAGACAAGAGGAAGAAGCUGUGGGAUCUCCUGGAGAAGCCCAGCUCCUCGGUGGCUGCCAAGAUUCUAGCCAUCAUCUCGAUCCUGUUCAUUAUCCUCUCCACCAUCGCUCUGUCUCUCAACACCUUACCAGAGCUCCAGUUCAUAGACGAGUUUGGCCAGGCCAAUGACAACCCCCAGCUGGCCCACGUGGAGGCCGUGUGUAUCGCCUGGUUCACCAUGGAGUACCUCCUUCGCUUCCUCUCCUCUCCUAAUAAGUGGAAGUUCUUCAAAGGCCCACUGAAUGUCAUUGACUUGUUGGCCAUCCUGCCCUACUAUGUCACCAUCUUCUUAACUGAGUCCAACAAGAGCGUGCUGCAGUUCCAAAACGUGCGCCGUGUGGUGCAGAUAUUCAGGAUCAUGAGAAUAUUGAGGAUCCUGAAGUUGGCCAGGCACUCCACAGGGCUCCAGUCUCUAGGCUUUACUUUGAGAAGGAGCUACAAUGAACUGGGGCUGCUUAUUUUAUUUCUUGCCAUGGGCAUCAUGAUAUUUUCCAGCUUGGUCUUCUUUGCUGAGAAAGAUGAAGAUGCCACCAAAUUCACCAGUAUCCCUGCCUCAUUCUGGUGGGCAACCAUUACUAUGACUACAGUGGGCUAUGGUGACAUUUACCCACAGACUUUACUUGGAAAAAUUGUGGGUGGGCUCUGCUGCAUUGCAGGAGUGCUGGUAAUUGCCCUACCCAUCCCCAUUAUUGUAAACAACUUCUCUGAGUUCUACAAGGAGCAGAAAAGGCAGGAGAAGGCCAUCAAGAGGAGGGAGGCACUGGAGAGAGCCAAAAGGAAUGGCAGCAUUGUGUCAAUGAACCUAAAAGAUGCCUUUGCCCGCAGUAUGGAACUGAUGGAUGUGGUGGUGGAGAAAGAUGAGGACAAAACCUCCCUGGACAAUCAUUUGUCGCCAAGCCGCUGGGGCAGUUUGACCAGGCACGCAUCCUCCGAGAAUGAUCUGAAAUCUCUAAAUGAAAGAAACCCUGAGCCACAAAGCUCCCCUAAUCGUAUAACCAUAAACACCACAGGAAGUCCCCAGCAGACAAACAAGACCCCACAGCACCUUAAUGUGCAGAAACUGGAGGAGAUGUACAACCAGAUGACUAAAUCACAGUCCUUCACUAACCUCAACACUACAAGCUCCAUGAGCACUCUGAGCACAACCAUGACCGCCCCCAUCUCACCGAGGAAAUCUCAUAGCCCUGAAUUUACAUUAAAAGAGGAAGUAGAGCUGGAGAUGAAGGAGGUCCAACCCUCCUCACCAGAUAUCUUUGCGGGCUGCUCAGCAGAAUUUCGAGAACAAGACUCCUACUCAGAUGAGGAAGAUGCUGGGCCCUGUCAAAUCAGACACCCCAGGGCACCACCCUCUUUGGAUCUCAGCCAAGUGAGGGCCAUUGAUGACCACAGCUCUCCUGGUGUCGUACUCAAAGAUGGCCUCUAUGAAUGCAUUAACCCAGGUGACGGAUCAGAGCUCCACAUAGAGGAAGGGGAGAGCUUUAACAGUGCUGUGGAGAAUAUCCAGAGCUCUCCAACAGGGAAUAACCCUCUUAAAUUAAAGGAAUUAAAGGUCAACUUCCCUAAGACCUCUGCUGAAGGCCCGCUUACACCACCCAGCACUACCUCUCCUGGAGACAUCAGCUCCAGCAUCCUGGAAGACGAUUCCCCAGAGGGAGAGAUGUCACCGCUCAUCCCCAGUACAGAGGAUCUGGUCCCAGUCACAGAGGAGGAGACCUGCCCGUUGUCCCCUAAAAGGCUGGUGGUAGACACCCCACCCGGCGAUGAAGAUCAAUCCACAGAGAGCCAUGAGGAGAAACAUCUGAUGGAAGUGGCGGGCGCUGCAGUUGCACCCUUGUCACCUAAGACAGCAGCACAAAAUUGCACCCAAGGUGUGGUUGGGGCAGGCGAGGAAGUCAAAGCUGACAGCAACCAAAGUGGACACAAAGUAGAGAACCACAUGUUUACAUCCGACAUCCACCUGAUACCCGGGGACGGCAGCCUCUCUCCGACCUGUGAAACCAGCAUGUGACUGUAAGAGAAGCUCCAACGACCCACUGCAACCUCAGCCUGGUGUGUGUGAGAGCAGGAAAGAAAAGACAAGGGUGCAGUUGUAGUGAAAGAUUUUUUUGCAUGGCAUGACAAGUCCCCUUUACUUGUGUCGUUGUGUAUUGCUGAAAAGAAACUGCAGUGCUCCGUGCAGAUUUGAGAAUGACUUUGGGGAAAACAGUGGACUCAGAGAGGAGGCUCUUGAAGAAAGAGGGAUUUCAUCAACUUAUGUAGACAUUUUGGUCCACCCAAUGUACAUAAUGACAGUCUCCUUUUUCUAGCAAAAAGAAGGAAAUGCACAGAGGGACUUAUCUGUAAAAAGCAUGCAUUUAAAAAAGACAGGUAUUUUACGGUGCUUAGUUUGCUGAAAGCGCUCCACUGUAAAUACUAGGACAUCUAAGGCAAUGACAAUGCACAGGAUGGCAACGGAAAACUGUCACUGAAGGUACAAAUGUUUGUAAUGUGAAAAGGGAGGGGUGGGGUGGGGGGUUGAAUGAGAGCCCUCAGACUGGGUGUUGCAUCGUAGCGAUCUAUAAAAAAAAAAAACAACAUAUCAUUACCUUUUGUGGAAAUGCAAAGUGUUCCCUGUUAUGUUUUUUCAUGUGAAUAAUGGUGUAUGAAACUGUAACGUUGACAUUGUUGCUUUUGGUUUUCAUAACCACAGUUGAACUUUCAGUUGAACAUCCGAUACUCAGUCUUUGAAUUAAAGGGCCGUGGGCAAGAAGGACAAAAAAAACCUUGAUUCCCCUGCCACGCAUACACCUGUAGUUGCCAAAUAAAUGUAACCAGUAACAACAGAAUAUUAGAUACUACCGCUACUGAAAAUAUUUAUUAUGUGGUUUCAGAAGUUAAAAACAAGGUUUAAGAUCUUUUAUUCCUUGUUCAUGCCUUUUGAUUCCAUCCAAAUCACAAAAAUAAAUCUUAUUUACUCUCCGACAUCAGAUAUAUACAUCUAAAAGUAGUUUUAAGAAUAAAAUAUGAAAUAUGUAGGUCUAGAUUGGUUGUAGAAUAAUCUACAGUAGGUAAGUGAGAUUCCAUUAAACAGAGUUAAGACUAUUUAUUUAUUCAGCACAGUAGAUCUGGUCAUUAACACACAUGUAUGCUUUACACUAUAAUUAUCUAUUUUGGAAAUUCAUAAGGGAUAAACUACCAAAAAAAUGACAAUAUUCCUUCUAAUAUCAAUGGACCAAAUCAAGCACACUGACAAGCUUUCAUCUAUCUCAGCUGCAUAGUAACAUAUACAGUAAUAACAUGUAUUAUGACAGUAGUUAUGUUUUUUUAGUUGUUUUUUGUCCUUUGUUUGUUUACCUGCAUUGUGUUCAUUCUCCUAUCCUCAGCGCCCUGAUGUCGUUAUUGACAUUUGUUCCAUACUACUGCAAGUUUAUCCCAUCCUGCUGAUAAGUUUAAGGCAUCUUUUUUUGUAUAUACGUAGUGUUUUGAAAUGUAAUUUAUUGUGUUUCACAUGAACAAAACUAUUUUCAGUCAAACUUAAACCCAAAGGAGUUUUUUUUUUCUUUUUCGUCUUCUUUCUCGCUUUUGUUUUACACUGACUGAAAAUAUCUGUUGUAUGUUGCCUUUGAUUCCAAUUUAAUUGCUGGAAUAUUUGUUCAUUGUUUCAGCAUGACACUUGGCUGAGUGUACUAGUAGUGUGUUUGUGAAAGCCACACAAACCAGAAUGGUACUAACAGGAAGUACGUGGGUGAAUUUUUUGUUGUUUAUUUUAUUGUUGUUUUUUUUUCUUGUUAUUAAUAUUAUCAUGUUUUUUUGUUCUCACAGAGAGGUGUGGAAUGUGCAAUACCGCAUACUGCAAUCUAUGCAGGCCAAGAAUUGUGGCACUUUAUUUUCUGUCUAUGGGAUUUGUACAGUAAGUGUACAGGCAGAAAUUACUUGUAUUUUUCAAAUGUUAUAUCUUUAAUAUGAGGCAAACAGUAUUACAACUACCACAAUCUCACAAACAAUGCAAAUGAGAAUUUGACUUUUACUUUUUCGUAUUAUAUGGCUGGCAUAUGCUGUCUGGCACCUUAAUGCCAGAUAUUAAUGGACCUCAAAUUUGAUUAUCUGUGGAAAUAGGGAUCCAAAUUGACCGCUUUCGGCCUUUUAUAUUCUGUUAGAUUUACAUAAAAAUCUAACAAAUGUCUUUAGAAAGUAAUAAGGAUAAUCUAAUUUCAAUGGCCACACACAAAGGAUUUUAUGUUUUUUGUGAAUUAACGUUGAGAAUGAUUCUAUUUUUUCUAAACCAAAAUGGAGCACGACCACAAUUUCCUGCCAUAUGGUGGUUGAAAUGAUGCGUGCCUUUUCAUAACACUUCUGUUUAUGAGAAGGUAGCAAGUCAUUUUGCUUUGUUCAUAUAGCACUGUACAGAAAAUUCUAAUUUUAUAGGAGAAAUCAGGUCUUUAUGUAAUAGAUACAAGUAAUGUUAUUGAGUUCUCAGGUUUUCUAUAACUCUCUGAUGUUCCGAUUGGAUAGAUUCUCUGUUUUUUUCCUUAACAGCUAAUGUCAACUAGUUACUUCUGUACUUUUUCAAAGGUGAUGUUGUCAAAAUCCACAUUGAUGUCUUGGCUCCUGGCGUAAGGAGCGGCAAUAUUUCUCCCUCCUCUUGGGUAAUCUGUGUACCACCAUUCAGUAUCCACCCCCAUGAACAAAGGGAGAGAAGAUUAAGUUAGAGUUUAAAGAGCCCCUGUUAUACUCCUUUUCAGCAUCAUAUUUGUAUUCUUGGGGUCUACUAGAAUAGGUUAACAUGCCUUGAUUUUCAAAAAACACAUCAUGUAUCUCAUACUGUCCAUUGCUGCAGUGCCUCCACCUGAAAAGCUCUGUCUGAGCUCUUGGCACGCCUUCCCAAAAAGCCCAGUCUGCUCUGAAUGGUCAGCUGGCCCACUCUGUUGUGAUUGGUCAACCAAAUUC